AUGACACCCUCCCUCCCCCAAACCUACAAAGCCGUCGUCCUCACGGCGCCAAACUCGGGCUUCACCAUCCAAGAUGUGCCCCUGAAGCACCCUUCCGCCCACCAGGUCCUCGUCAAGGUCCUCGCCUGCGGCGUCUGCUGGUCCGACGUGGAGGUCGGCCAGGGCCACUUUGGCGACGUCUUCCCGCGCACGCCGGGCCACGAAAUCGUCGGCGACAUUGUCGAGCUCGGCGCCGACGUCCACAACCUCUCCGUGGGCCAGCGCGUGGGCGGGCCGUGGCACGGCGGGCACGACGGCGUGUGCAGGGAGUGCCAGCGCGGCGACUUCCAGUACUGCAGGGACGAGGUCAUCAACGGCGUCUCGCGGGAUGGCGGCUAUGCUGAGUAUGUGCUGCUGCGCGCCGAGGCCGUCGUGCGCAUCCCCGGCGAGAUGGAGCCUGCGCAGGCGGCGCCUCUGCUGUGCGCGGGCGUCACCGUCUUCAACGGCAUCCGCAAGCAGCGGGUUGAGCAGGGCCGCCUCGUCGCCGUCCAGGGGCUCGGCGGCCUGGGCCACCUGGCCGUGCAGUUCGCCAGCAAGAUGGGCUACGAGGUCGCGGUGCUGUCCCACGGCGACGACAAGGCCGCCUUUGCCACCAAGCUCGGCGCGCACCACUACAUCAACACCUCCAACGCCGACUCCGCCGCCGAACUGGCCAAGCUCGGCGGCGCCUCCAUCAUCGUCCAGACGGCGCCCAACCCCAAGGUGGUUGGCGCGCUGGCGGACGGCCUCGCCCCGAACGGCAAGAUUCUGAGCCUCGCGCCCGUCGGCAACAUCGACGUCAACACCGUGACGCUCAUCAUGAAGGGCGCCAGCGUGCAGGGCUGGGCGAGCGGCCAUGCGCUGGACAGCGAGGAGGCCAUUCAGUUUGCCUUGACGCACGGCGUGAAGUGCAUGAUUGAGAAGUAUGCAUUCCGCGAUGUCGAAAAGGCGAUCAAGAGCUUGGAAGCUGGCAAGCCGCGGUUCAGGAAUGUCUUGGUCAUGGAGUGA